AUGCCUCGUUCCCGUUCUCGUUCUAGCAUAACAAGCGAGGGCCACGAGCGUCUCGAGCCACGACUCCUCCGCGCAGCCGAGAACGACGAUGUCGAAGCCCUCCAAAAUACAAUCACACUCGCACGCGAAUAUGGCCAAUUCUCCGAAAACUUUCUCCGCAUCGCUCUCAUGCGCAGCGCUGAGCGCAAUCGCAUCGCGACAACCGGAUACCUCCUGAAACUCGGCGCUAAAACCGACGUUCCAAGCAAUCGACUUUCCCCGCUCCUCCGCGCCGUCGAGCGAGAUCACUACCAGAUCGUCCGACUACUCCUGGAUGCUGGUGCAUCGCCCGACAGUACGGAUAAGGAGGGUCGGACUGCGCUUAUGACAGCAGCUUGGAAGAAUCAUGCCGAUAUUCUACAACUGUUGAUUAUGCGCGGGGCGAAUGUCAACGCCCGCGAUUUGCGAAAGAGGAAUGUUUUGCAUAAUCUUGCCGCAGAUAAGGAGUGUUCAUGGGGAUGGGGCGAUGAUAUUGUCAGACUCUUGCUGAGGACGGAUUGCAAGAUCAAUGGGGUGGAUGGGCAGGAUGAACUGGGUCGAUCCCCAUUGCAUUGGGCUUGUGCGACGGGGAAUUCGCGCCUCGCCGAGCUACUGCUUACUCGGCCGGAUGGCGGGCCCAAGGCCGAAAUUGAUGCUAGGGAGUUGCGGGGGAAGACAGCGUUGCAUAUUGCGACAGCGCACGAUCGCGCGGAUAUUAUCCAGCUGUUGCUGGCGCACAAAGCUGCGGUCAAUGCUUGCAGUGAUGGCGGUUGGACACCAUUGCAUAAUGCAUGUGACAAGGGUUGCGAGGAAAUUGUGCGGAUUUUGUUGCGUGCAGGCGCACAUAUUAAUAGCCAGCUCUUGAAUGGUGUGACUCCGUUGCAUCUCGCAGCGCAGGGGGGCCAUCGCGAGGUCGUUGAAUGUUUACUAGAGAGGCCGGACCUGAAAAGGCGUGUUCGAGAUCACUUCGGUAGUACUCCGUUUCUUCGCGCUGCACAGCUAAAGCAGAGAGAUGUGGUGCUUUUGUUGGCGCCAUUCAACAAUGUCGAGUCUUUAUCUGAAGAUGUCAAGCAAGCCUCGGCUGCCUUCGACAGCACAAUUGUAGAUUUUGGAAACUUCCACAAUGAGAAUCGUGUGAAGCGAAUGUCGGUCUACAAUCUACUUUAUGGUCGAGACCUAGAGAAUCCCCGAAAACAGGCUGUGACAACAGUUCCUGCUGAUAACCGCGCAACGGAAUUCAGAUGGAUUCAUCUACCGGCCAAUAACAUGGCUUGGGUGGAGGCUUUGUUGACCAAAUCUUUCAUUGAAGAGGGCGCUCACGAUGUGGAUGGUUUCAAGGGCAUUGAGAAAUCUUUCUCCUAUCAACAUCGCGGCCAGAAGAUCCACUCACACUUCAUGCGACCCUUGUGCCAGAAUACACCUCGCACGACACGACGCCGAGAAGAAGAAAAGACAGAGGAAGUACCGACAGAUGGCCAGUCGAUAGCCACAGACAACAGCUCUGUCUUUCGCAAGCAGAAAGCGCCGGGCAAAACGGAUCGAGAUGAUAACGAAGGUCUGUUGAAGAAGAAGCACAUUCAAAAGCGUGGUAAAACAGGGAGCAAUCCUGGGACUCCAAAAGAAUCCAAAGCUAAAGCUCCAUGGGCUGAGAAAGGACGGCCGCUUCAUUCACCCUCUCUAUGCAAGGAUCCUCAUAGCCUCGCCUCUGCAUGCAAUAUCUGCGUCUUUAUGCCAUAUUUGCAUUUUGAAACUGCAGAGCGUAGGCAGAAAAUGCAAGACGCGAUCCAACGGGCCGAAAAAUUUGACCCUCAGCGUAUCAAAAGAGCCCGUACUCGGGACGAGAUGCUAAUUGAUGCGCAUCUUUCAUCUUCCACUACUUCCCUACAUGUUCGUCGAACAUUGGAUCAAUUCUUUUAUCCCAAUAUCGAUACGCAGAGUCGCGACCAGGACCAGGUUGUGUAUAGAUACCAAACCAAGGGCCCUGGGUGUGAAAGACCGGAGAAUGAACCAAAAAUCUUCAUGGUUGAUCAGCUGUGGAUGUGGGUACUGGGGAGUAACCUCAUUGUGACCAGCUUCCCACAGCGAUGGGACCAACCGAAGAAUGAUCCUCUCAACGUGCUGGAUGGGAUUAUCGAGGACAUCAAUUCUAAGACUCGCGAUCCUGUCAAGUCAGUACAUGACCUCGCGAUUAUAAUUACCAAUCGGUGCUCUGGCGUUUUUGACCGACAUCGCCUGGGAGAUGACGAGUAUCAAUUUUUGGACAUGUUUGAAUCUUCCAUUGGUAUAGCCACUGACCGGGAGACGCUCCUGUUCAAUCGUUUCAAUCAUGCAUCUGCACAGGCGUCGAAGUGGCUAAAGAGUCAUCGAAAGCUGAACCGACUCACACGCAGCAAGGCCCAUUCGAUAUCUGGCCGGGACGUGCCAGAGGAAGUGGAAAGCGAUGAUGAUUAUCGUCAUGGCGAUGGCUCCCCACUAUUCGUCGACGAUCUCCUGGACAUUGGAGAGGAAACCGAUCUUCUAGCGGAGAUUAAAGAUAUCCGUGAUGAGUUGAAUAUGAUUCGCACCGUUUUGGAUCACCAAAAGCACGUCCUCGCCGACUUCCAGGAAGUGAUUUGCGAAACCUACCAGGGACAGAAUCGAUCCCAAUACGAGGUCAAGAAACGGUUCAAAGAUCAACAGCGGAUGAUUGAGAUGAACCUGAAAGAUAUUGACCGCAUGGAUAAGCAGGCUGAACGCAUCUACCACUCCAUCACGGACCUGCUGGAUCUCAAGCAGAAACAUGCUAACGCCUUUGAGGCCCGCUUCGCACGCGAUCAGGCAGCUGGAACCACUCGUCAAAGCAAGACAAUCAUGGUCUUUACUAUUGUCACCAUCGUCUUCCUGCCGCUUUCCUUCAUUACCUCCAUUUUCACCAUCAACUUGAAAGAAUUCGAUAAUUUGAAGCUCGAAUACGUGGCCAAGUAUACAUUUGGAAUUGGCUUUGCUAUUUCUAUUCCCCUUGUUCUCGUUGCGCUUUCCCUAGAUGAAAUCGGUGAUAUCUUCAGCCGUGGUCGGCGCUGGUUGUCCUUCUCCCGCCGAGAUACUGUUGAGCGAGACAAUGUCCAGGCAUUGGAGAUGGAGAAGGUCAUCAGCCUGGCCCGAUCACGCAGAAGUGCUGAUCUGGAUUACUUUAGCAAGUAA